AUGUCCGACCUCGCACGGCUCUUCCGCACAACAAGGAUCGCACAGGUGCCCAGACAGCUCGGCGAGCUGGGCGCCGACAGAUCGGCCACGUUUCCGACGCACCAGGUGAUCGAGUCGCCGCCGUCGUCGUUCGCCAGAAGAGACUUUGGUCUCAAGAUGAGAAUCCCAACGAAAAUCAAGUCAAAGUAUAUUGUCGUCAACAACCUCGACAACAAGUACGGCUUGCCGGACUUCGAGCCGCUCGGGGGGUUUGCGUUCAAAAAGAAGAAGUUCCAGGAGUUCGGGAUUCCUGUUUCGGUGAGAAACCCUACCAUGACCACGAAAACCAGCUCCAACCCGCUCUUUCCCGGCCACGAUCCGCGGGAAGGCCACAGCUCGGUCGCCGUGGCGCUGGGAAUGAAGGUCCAGCGGCCGUCGUCGCUAGAGUUUGCAACCAACAAAAAAUACCUCAGAACCUUGAGAAGACCGUUCAUGGAGUGGCUGGCCCUGAAGUAUCCAGAGAGAAUUGCGCAGGCCGAUCUUUCGAACGAGAUUGUGGAGUUUUUGGAGACCAGGGAAGUCGACGAGGCCAAGCUCAAUAAGAAAAAGUACCAAUUUCCGACCCUGUACCGCGAACAGCUCUCUGGAACUGCUGGACUCUCGUACAACCUCAGGGGCAGACUUUUCCAGACACCCAAUGGCGUGCAGUCUGCAAGAGUGCUUCCCGGAAGGUACAUCAGCGCGCGGUCCACCGGCAGCCGGUUUGCGCUAGGAGGAUUCAUUGGAAACUCCGUCACGUCUGGUCUCCACGUGAAAUAUCUCAACAAGCUUGCCGAUGUGCGCCGGCCGUUGGAUGCAGAGGGCAGAUACGCAAGAGAGUUCACCAUCCCAUUGAUUCCAAAGGCUGCACACUUCAAUUUGGUGAAGAAAAGGUUUGAUUUCGAGGUCGAGCCUGUCAAGGACCAGGACACAUCGAAAAAGGGCGGGUUCAGCACCGUCAAGCGCUUCUCUCCAAGAUCCCCGAUUGGAGGACCCGACAAGAGCCAGCUGGUGCUGUCGUCGCUGCUGGGGCUUCUCGAGACCGUCGGAAAGAAGUAA